AUGUGCGAGCCAACGAAGCGAUCCAAGGAAUCUCGUCACGGGCCGGCAUACGGUCGGGAUGGAUUCUGCGGAUCGAGCAUCAGCUCGCUCACGACGAAUCCGACCGUAUCGUCGUCGUCGUUGGUCGAUUGCGACCCGGACAUCGUGGAGCCAGCUGCGUCGUCCGUCUCGCGAAGCUGCCUCAAGACCUACGAAUUUCCAUUCCCGCCGAGGACUUGUUCGGCUCCACCGAACAGCAACAAACGCCGCAAACUCCACGACUCCGCGGGCGAGUACACUCGGGUGCGCCUGAGAAAGGAGGAGUUCCGCAAGAAGAUCGUCGACGUUGUCAUGAAGCAGCAGCAGCGACAUUGCGGCGACGGCGACGGCGACGACGACGACGAGGAAGAAAACGACGCCAAGCUGAUGUCGCAGUUUCGCUACUACAUCAGCAGCGGCCUGGACACUCUGAACGUCGCGCCCAUCGACGCCGAGGUGCUCGCUUCGAUUCUCGCCCUCGUCCCGGCUAAGCACAAGACAGCCCAUCGGGCCGAGUUUCUCAAGAAGCUCGUCAACGAGGUCAAGGACGACUUCAUCUGGACCAUCAAGAAGUCCAUUGUCGAGUUCGCGCUGCAGGAUCGUCGAAAGGACGACGACGACUACGAUCACUCAAUUCGACAAUCCACGGUGAUAGACUCGCUCGUCGACUCGAGGACUUUCAAUUUGCGCAAACGCAAAAUCAGAGACAAUCUCAAUCUAAUCAAUCCGUGUAUGAAAAUGUCCUGGAAUCAUUGGGGAAAGAGAUUUCGUGAUUUUUCGUUAAUCGACUUGAACGAGAUUAAAGAGCAUCCCGGCUGCUGGGAUUUAAUGGAAUUUCAAAGUUUCAUCGACAAGCAGGUUCAAAGUGCCGUGAGAUACUUGAAGGUCCAGUGGUUCGGCGGGAUACAGGAGAUAUUUCUCGUGAACAACAAAAAAAAUCUCGUACCGAGUCCAGUGGAUACGAGAAAUUUUCACAGGUUCUUCAGCUGCAUCGCCAAGCUCAUGGAAUCUCAACUGUUGGCCAUUUACAAGAACAGUCAAAAAAAUUUCAUGUCUUACAUUUUGGAUGUCAAGGAUACGUGCAACACAUACAGACUCGACGUAAACAUCAAGUCGAGAGAAAUCGCGUUCAAUCCGCCGAUGCACAAUUUCAAAAGUAUCCUUGGCAGUGCACUCGACUCGAUGAGCGACGCCGUUAUGGUGUUCGAUCAACUCGAAACUCAACUGUAUUUAGAUUGGUCCGGGCCAAAAACGUUGCUCAAGCCGAGUGUUUCGAGAGACGUGAUCGACAAUUUUAAGCAACAAAUCGUUCAAGUCAUCGAUGAGCAAAGAGUCGAACCGGAAAGUAUAAUCGAGAAGCUUCAAGUGUUCAAGAAAUAUUUCGACGAUUCGGAGAUGCUGAAAGUCAAAGAUUUCAUAUCGGACAAGGAGAAGACUUUCGAGGAGUAUCGAGAGCUCAUAUGCUACCUGAGCGAUCUGGAGAAUCAAAUUAUUUUGGAAAACGACGCGACCGUCUGGACGACGCUGUUCGAGAUAAACCAGAAAGAUUUUCUCAAGCUCGCCGCCGACAAUGUGUCGUCUUUCAAGAACAUGUUAUUGGAUGAGCUGAUAUCGCGCUACAAAAUUCUGGUAAAAAGCGUCGAGCAAGAGUACGCCAAGAUCAACGAGCGCGCCGAAAGUUUUCCACCGAGUACGUCCGCGCUGAUGGAAAUGAUCGAGUACAUGAAAACCGUGGAGGACAGCCUCUUGAAGAAGUUGAAGCUGAAAUUGCGCGAGAUCAUUCACAACAUACUGUUUCUGUCGGAUUUUCAUCUGCUUACCGAUCAGGAGAUACUGGAAAAUAACGCGGUCUUCCGAUGGCACCACAGAAUGCCCCAAAUUUUGGACAACAACAAGAUACUGGUCGAGAAUAAAACUCGCGAAUUUCAAGAGGCUCUGAAGAUGCGAUAUCAGAAAUUCGCCGAGGAAUUGGAGACCUACUCGAAAUUGGUCGAGGAGUACCAGUACCUGGGCGACAUCGAGGAGGUGUUUCGCUACCAGAAGAAGGGCCAGGUGCUGGAGAACAAACUGAUGCACGCCAUGGAGAAGAUCGACAAGUUCAACGAGGAGGAGAACGCCUUCGGCUGGGAGGUCACUCAGUAUCCUCUGCGGAAGGAGGUGGCGGACCGAUUGGCGCCCUACAAGAAGCUCUACGACGUCACCUGCGACUAUCUCACCAAGUACGACAAGUGGAUGACGGCCAUGGUGGGCACCUAUCAUCCGGAGGACAUCGAGAUGGACGUAUCGAGCGCUUUCAGGACGAUAUUCAAGCUGGAGAAAUCGUUUCACGAGCCCGAGCCGAAGAGGCUCGCCGAGGCGGCCCGCGAGCGCAUCGAGCUGCUCAAGGAGCGCAUGUCGGUGGUCAUGACGCUCGGCAAUCCGGGCCUGAAGGAGCGCCACUGGGCGCGCAUAUCGGCCAUCGUCGAGCGCCAGAUCAAGCUCGACGAGAAUCUCACUCUGAAGCGGAUACUGGACAUGCAGCUGGACGGCUACAUCGAGCAGUUCGAGACGAUCGCCGAGGCCGCGACCAAGGAGAACAAUCUCGAGAAGACCAUGCAGAAGAUGGAGAGAGACUGGGUCGACCUGAACUUCGUGAUAAAUCCGUACAAGGAUUCGGGCACCUACGUCGUGGCGGCCAUCGACGACAUUCAGUUGAUUCUCGACGAUCACAUAAUGAAGACGAUGACGAUGAAAAAUUCGCCCUACAUACAGCCGUUCGAGGAGCAAAUUUUACGUUGGGAGAGGAAAUUACACCUGCUGCAGAAUAUUCUAGACCAGUGGCUAUCCGUGCAAGGCACCUGGAUGUAUCUCGAGCCGAUAUUCUCGUCGCCCGACAUACAGCAACAGAUGCCCGAGGAGGGCAAAAAGUUCUCCGUCGUCGACAAGACCUGGCGCGACAUCAUGCGCACCGUCCAGAUCGAUCCGCGCGUCAUGCGCGUCAUCGAGAUCGACAAGAUCCUCGACAGGCUCAAAAAAAACGUCGCCCUGCUCGAGCUCAUACAGAAGGGCCUCAACGAUUAUCUGGAGAAGAAGCGACUGAUCUUUCCGCGAUUCUUCUUUCUGUCGAACGACGAGCUGCUGGAGAUACUGUCGGAGACGAGGGACCCGACUCGCGUCCAGCCCCAUCUGAAGAAGUGCUUCGAGGGCAUCGCCUAUCUGACCUUCGACGACGAUCUCAACGUGCUGGAGAUACAGUCGGCCGAGGGCGAGGUGGUCGGUCUGUGCGACGUGAUCUCGACCUCGGCCGCUCGGGGCCAGGUCGAGAAGUGGCUCGUCGAGCUCGAGGCCGACAUGCGCAAGAGCGUGCGCGAUCAGGUCGCGCGAGCGAUCGAGGCCUAUCGCAGCAAGCCCCGCACCCAGUGGGUGCUGGAGUGGCCCGGCCAGACGGUGCUCUGCGUCGGCCAGCUCUACUGGACGCAGCAGAUCGAGCGCGCGAUGGCCGACGCGGGCCUGGACGGCCUGAAGAUGUACUGGAGGCAGUGCCAGCAGGAGCUGAACGACAUCAUUCUGCUCGUGAGGGGCAAGUUGUCGAAGCAAAAUCGUGUCACUUUGGAGGCAUUGGUGACGAUCGAUGUCCACGGCAAAGAUGUGUUGAAGGGUUUGUGUGACGAGGCUGUAUCGGUCAAUACCGACUUCAAGUGGCUUUGUCAUCUUAGAUAUUACUGGCAGGAAAACAACAUGAUCACCUACAUGAUCAACAGUCACCUGGCCUACGGCUACGAGUACCUCGGCAACACGUCGCGCCUCGUGAUCACGCCGCUCACCGAUCGCUGCUACCGCACCCUCUUCGGCGCGCUCAGUCUGCAUCUGGGCGGCGCGCCCGAGGGCCCGGCCGGCACCGGCAAGACCGAGACCACCAAGGACCUGGCCAAGGCCGUGGCCAAGCAGUGCGUCGUGUUCAACUGCUCCGACGGCAUGGACUAUCUGGCCCUCGGCAAAUUCUUCAAGGGUCUGGCCUCGUGCGGCGCCUGGUCCUGCUUCGACGAGUUCAAUCGCAUCGAUCUCGAGGUCCUUUCGGUCGUCGCCCAGCAGAUACUCACCAUUCAGCGCGGCAUCAAUUCGGCCUCGGACACGCUGCUGUUCGAGGGCACAGAGAUCAGCCUCGACCCGACCUGCGCCGUGUUCAUCACCAUGAAUCCGGGCUACGCCGGUCGCUCCGAGCUGCCCGACAAUCUCAAGGCGCUGUUUCGCUCGGUCGCGAUGAUGGUGCCCGAUUACGCCCUCAUAUCCGAGAACACCCUCUACUCGUACGGCUUCUACAACGGCCGGCCUCUGGCCGUGAAGAUCGUCACCGCCUACAAGCUGUGCUCGGAGCAGCUCAGCAGCCAGUGCCACUACGAUUACGGCAUGCGCGCCGUCAAGUCCGUCCUCAUCGCCGCGGGCAAUCUCAAGCUCAAGUAUCCGGACGAGUCCGAGGACAUACUGCUGUUGCGCAGCAUCAAGGACGUGAAUCUGCCCAAGUUCCUGAGCCAGGAUCUGCCGCUGUUCCAGGGCAUCGUGUCGGAUCUGUUCCCGGGCGUGAAGCUACCCGAGCCCGACUACACUCACCUCAACGCUUGCGUGCGCGAGGCCUGCGUCCGAGCCAAUCUCCAGUGCACCGACUUCUUUCUCUUCAAGAUCCAGCAGAUCUUCGAGAUGAUGAUCGUGCGCCACGGCUUCAUGAUCGUCGGUCUGCCAUUCGGGGGCAAGACCUGCGCCUAUCGCGUGCUGGCCGAGGCGCUCGGCCUGCUGGAGGAGCGCGGUCUGAUGGACGAGCACCGGGUCGAGAUCACCGUGAUCAAUCCAAAGUCCAUCACGAUGGGCCAGCUGUACGGCCAGUUCGAUCCGGCGUCGCACGAGUGGCGCGACGGCGUGCUGGCGGUCAAGUAUCGCGAGUUCGCCACGUCGACCAACAAGAAUCGCAAGUGGCUGAUCUUCGACGGGCCGGUGGACGCGAUCUGGAUCGAGAACAUGAACACGGUGCUGGACGACAACAAGAAGCUCUGCCUGAUGUCGGGCGAGAUCAUACAGUUGGCGCCCACCACCAGCAUGAUAUUCGAGCCGAUGGAUCUCGAAGUAGCGUCGCCAGCCACUGUCUCUCGCUGUGGCAUGAUCUACAUGGAGCCGGUUUCCUUGGGCUGGGAGCCUCUGCUGCUCUCGUGGAUGAACACGUUGCCGAAAUCAUUCGGCGAGCAUAGAAAAACACAGCUGAGGGACAUGUUCUUGCGAUUCUGUCCGGUGCUGCUGUACUUCAUCAGACGUUGCGGAGUCAAAGAAAUGAUUACCAUGCCGGACGCCAAUCUCGUCAAAUCCGUGAUGCACCUCUACGAUUGUUUCUGCGACGAUUUCACGGACGAGGCGUACGUGGAGAAGAUAUCGGAUCUCGAGAUGAGGGCCCAGAUCGAGGGCUGCUUCUUCUUCUCGUGCAUCUGGGCCCUCGGCAGCACGAUCCUGCCCUCGUAUCGCGAGAAAUUCAGCCUACUGUUUCGCGGCCUGAUGGAGCGCGAGUUCCCGAUCGAGGUGCACGCGCAGUUCGGCCUGCCGAGCGAGGUGCCGCCGCUGCGCAAGCCCUACGUCACGCUGCUGCCUGGCGAGGGCCUCGUGCACGACUAUCGCUACGUGAAGGAGGGCAAGGGCCACUGGGAGCCCUGGGCCGCGGAGCUGCUCAACGACGCGCCGAUACCGCGCGACCUGCCCGUCAAUCAGAUCAUCGUGCCGACCGUGGAGACGGUGCGCUAUCUGCAUCUCAUCAAGAUGCUCGUGCUGCACCAGAAGCCGGUGCUGCUGGUCGGGCCGACGGGCACCGGCAAGUCCGCCUACAUCAGCGAGUUUUUGCUGAAGAAGAACGACCCGAAGGUCUACAAGCCGCUGUUCGUCACGUUCUCGGCGCAGACGACGGCCAACCAGACGCAGGACAUCAUUAUGAGCAAGCUGGACAAGCGGAGGAAGGGCCUGUACGGUGCUCCGCCAGGCAUGCACUGGGUGAUAUUCAUCGACGACGUGUCGAUACCGCAGAAGGAGGAGUACGGCGCGCAGCCGCCGAUCGAGCUGCUGCGCCAGUGGCUGGACCACGCGAUGUGGUACGACAGGCGCGACAUCGCCACGAUCCGCCUCGUGGACAUGCAGCCGAUCUGCGCGAUGCUGCCGCCGAGCAGCGGCAAGGACAUGACGCCGCGCUUCAAGCGCCACUUCUUCACCAUGAGUAUCGCCGAGUUCGAGGAUCCCGUGAUGAUGACGAUCUUCAGCAAGAUACUGGCCUGGCACUUCGACGCCAAGGACUUCAAGCCCGAGUUCCUGGAUUACGUGGAGCCGCUGGUGCUCGCCACCCUCGACAUCUACAAGGAGACGCUGAAAUUUUUGCUGCCCACCCCGGCCAAGUCGCACUAUCUGUUCAACUUGCGCGACUUCUCCAGGGUCGUGCAGGGUAUACUGCUGUCGCGGCCCGAGGCAACGGUCGACUGGCACGCCCUGAAAAGACUGUGGGUGCACGAGAUACUUCGCGUUUACGGCGAUCGAUUGGUCGACGAGGCCGACACCACUUGGCUGGUCGAGCUGAUAAGGCAGGUACUCAGGAAACAAAUGGACGAAAAUAUGAACAAGCUGUUCGCGGAUUUCGUCGACGAGUCCGAAGCCAGGGUGAGCGAAGUCGAGCUGAGAAAUUUGAUCUACUGCAACUUUCAAGAUCCCUUCGCGGAAAAGAUGUACAUGGAGGUGCCGAACCUGGACGAGUUGGCGCUGGUGGUCGAUCAAUAUCUGCUCGAGUACAAUUCUAUUUCGAAAAAACCGAUGAAUCUUGUUUUAUUCAGAUUCGCCAUAGAGCAUCUGUCGAAGCUGUGCCGGAUAAUGAUGCAGCCGAGCAGUCACGCGCUCCUCGUGGGCGUGGGUGGCUCGGGCCGCCAGUCGCUGACCCGGCUCGCCGCGCACAUAUCCGACUACGACAUCUUCCAGGUGGAGAUCUCCAAGGUGUACGGCGUCAACGACUGGCACGACGAUCUCAAGGACAUCCUGCGCAAGACUGCCCAGGCCGAGCUGCACACCGUCUUUCUGUUCACCGACAUACAGAUCAAGGAGGAGUCCUUCCUCGAGGACAUCAGCAACAUGCUGAACUCGGGCGAGGUGCCAAAUCUGUUUCUGGCCGACGAGAAGGCCGACAUCUGCGAGAAGAUGCGCCAGAUCGAUCGGCAGCGCGACAAGUCCGUGCAGACGGACGGCAGUCCCGUGUCCCUCUUCAAUCUCUUCGUGCAGACCGUGAAGGAGCAGCUGCACAUCGUCGUGGCGAUGUCGCCCAUCGGCGAGAACUUUCGCGUGCGCAUACGCAAGUUCCCGGCGCUGGUCAAUUGCUGCACCAUCGACUGGCUGCAGCCCUGGCCCGAGGACGCCCUCCAGGCCGUGGCGACCAAGUUCCUCGGCGACAUCGAGCUCAAGGACAUGGAGCGCCAGGCCUGCAUCGAGAUGUGCCAGAGCUUUCACACCUCCACCCAGGACCUGUCCAAAGAGUUCCUGCUGCGCGCCAAGCGCUACAAUUACGUCACGCCCACGUCCUAUCUCGAGCUCAUCAGCACCUUCGACAAGAUACUGGCGCGUAAGCGCAAGGAGGUGCUGGACGGCAAGAGGCGCUACGUGGCCGGCCUCGAGUCCCUCAAUCAGGCCAACGUGCAGGUGGCCAAGAUGCAGGACACGCUCAGGGCCCUGCAGCCGAAGCUCAUCGAGGCCACCAAGGACGUGGAAAAGGUGCUGUCGAUCAUCGAGACGGAAACCGCCGAGGCGGCCGAAAUCGAGCGCGGCGUCAAGGAAGAGGAGGAAGCAGCUAUGGCAGUGGCGGAUGCCGCGCAAGCCAUUCAAGCUGAAUGCGACGCUGAUUUGAAGGAAGUUUUGCCAAUUCUGAAUGCUGCAAACGACGCGUUAAAUACCCUGACUCCUCAAGACAUACAGAUCGUCAAGACGAUGAAGAAUCCGCCGGCUGGGGUGAAGCUCGUCAUGGAAGCUAUUUGCAUAUUGAAAGACGUGAAACCCGAUCGCGUGCCCGGCGAGGCGGGCCGCAUGGUCGACGACUUCUGGAAGCCGUCGCUGCGCAUCCUCGGCGACAUCAAGUUCCUCGACAGUCUGCUGACCUUCGACAAGGACAACAUACCCGAGCGCAUCAUCAACAAGAUACGCACGACCAUCCUGACGAAUCCCAACUUCGACCCGGACAAGAUACGCAACGCGUCGACGGCCUGCGAGGGCCUGUGCAAGUGGGCCAUCGCCAUCUGCGAGUACGACACGGUGGCCAAGGUGGUGGCCCCGAAGAAGAUCGCCCUGUCGCAGGCCAAGGCCCGAUACGAGUACGCCAUCGCCGGGGUCGAGGUGAAGCGGGCCAAGCUGCGCGAGGUGCAGGCCAAGGUGGCCAAGCUCGAGGAGCUGCUGGCCCAGCGCAAGAACGACUAUCAGAUGAUGAACGACGAGGUGGCCCUCUGCCAGCAGAAGCUGCAGCGCGCCGAGGAGCUGAUCGGCGGCCUGGGCGGCGAGUACACGCGCUGGUCGGAGAUCGCCCGGGAGCUCGGCGAGCGCUACUACAAGCUGACCGGCGACGUGCUCGUGAGCGCCGGCGUCGUGGCCUACCUCGGCGUGUUCACCGCCUCGUAUCGCCAGAAGCAGGUCGACGGCUGGAUCGUGGCCUGCAAUCAGCUCGAUCUCGAGUGCACGCCCGAAUUUCAGCUCACCCAGAUCCUCGGCGAUCCGGUGGCGAUCAGGUCCUGGACGAUCUUCGGCCUGCCCACGGAUCUGUUCUCCAUCGACAACGCCAUCAUGGUGGUGAACUCGAGGCGCUGGCCGCUCAUGAUCGAUCCGCAGGGCCAGGCCAACAAGUGGAUCAAGAACAUGGAGAAGUCGGCCAACAUCAGCGUCAUCCGGCUGAGCCAGUCGGACUACAUGAGGAUCCUGGAGAACUCCAUACAGUUCGGCCAGCCGGUGCUGCUGGAGAACGUGGGCGAGGAGCUCGACGCCGCCCUCGAGCCGCUGCUGCUCAAGCAGACCUUCAAGUCCGGCGGGGCUUACUGCAUCAAGCUCGGCGACACGACCGUCGAGUACAACGAGAAAUUCCGGUUUUACAUCACGACCAAAUUGCGAAAUCCGCAUUAUUUGCCCGAGGUCGCCGUCAAAGUGACUCUAUUGAAUUUUAUGAUCACGCCGUCGGGCUUAGAGGAUCAGCUGCUCGGUAUCGUCGUUGCCAAGGAGAGGCCGGAUUUGGAGUCUGAAAAGAAUCAACUCAUCGUGCAGGGAGCCGAGAACAAAAAAAUGCUGAAAGAAAUCGAAGACAAGAUAUUGGAGGUGCUCUCGGAGUCGGACGAAAACAUAUUGGAAGACCAAACUGCCAUAAGUGUAUUAAGCUCGUCCAAGACCCUCUCGAACGAGAUCCAAGCGAAGCAGGCCGCGGCGGAAAUUACGGAGAAGACCAUCGACGAGACCAGAUCGGAGUACACAUCGAUCGCCAGCUAUAGCACCGUGCUCUUCUUCACGAUUGCCGCGCUGGCCAACAUCGACCCGAUGUACCAGUACUCGCUGGCCUGGUUCGUGAAUCUGUUCAAGAGCACGAUCGACAACACGCCGCCCGUGAACAAGAUCGAGCAGCGCCUCGACGACCUGCGCAAGUCCUUCACGUACUCGCUCUACGUCAACAUCUGCCGCUCGCUCUUCGAGAAGGACAAGCUCCUCUUCUCCCUCGUACUGCUGGUCAAUCUGCUCGGCAAGGAGGGCAAGAUGUCCAGCGCCCAGUGGAUGUUCUUCCUCACGGGCGGCGUCGGCCUCGAGAAUCCCCAUCCCAAUCCGGCCCAGUGGCUGCCCGUCAAGUCCUGGGACGAGAUCUGCCGCCUCAACGACGUUCCCGGCUUCGAGGGUAUACGCAAAGCCUUCGUGACGAACAUCGACGUCUGGAAGGAGAUCUUCGAUCACCGCGAGCCCCACACCGUGGAGCUACCGCCGCCCUACGACAGGCUCACGCGCUUCGAGAAGCUGCUGCCGCUGCGCUGCCUGCGCUACGACAAAGUCGUGCCCGCGGUUCAGAACUUUAUCGAGGCCGAGAUGGGCAAGCAGUACGUGGAGCCGCCUCCGUUCGAUCUCACCUCGUCGUACGGCGACUCGUUCAGCUGCAUACCGCUGAUCUUCGUGCUGACGCCGGGCGCCGAUCCCACGGCGAUUCUGCUCAAGUUCGCCGACGAUCAGGGCUUCGGCGGGCCCCGGCUGAACUCGCUGUCGCUGGGCCAGGGCCAGGGGCCCAUCGCCGAGAGCCUCAUCGACGAGGCCGUGAAGACAGGAACCUGGGUCGUGCUGCAGAACUGCCAUCUGGCCAAGAGCUGGAUGGGUACGCUGGAGAAGAUAUGCGAGAGCUUCACCCCCGAAUCGGUCCAUCCGGACUUCCGAUUGUGGCUGACGAGCUAUCCGUCGGAGCACUUUCCCGUCAGCGUGCUGCAGAACGGCGUGAAAAUGACCAACGAGCCGCCCACCGGUCUCAGAUCCAAUAUCAUCCGUUCCUACUUGCAGGAUCCUAUAUGCGAUCCGGAAUUCUUUGAAGCGCCAAAGCAAAAGGACAACUUCAAGAAGCUCCUCUUUGCUUUGUGCUUUUUCCACGCGAUUGUGCAGGAGCGCAGAAAAUUCGGGCCAAUUGGUUGGAAUAACCGGUAUGAAUUCAACGAAACCGAUCUACGCAUCAGUGCGCUCCAGCUGAGAAUUUUCCUCGCCCAGUACGAGGACGUUCAAUUUCAAGCGCUGAAAUACCUCACAGGCGAAUGCAAUUACGGCGGCCGCGUGACCGACGAGUGGGACCGGCGCACCCUCGUCACCAUCCUGGCCAGAUACUAUCGCGAGGACGUCAUACUGAGCCCCAAGUGCUUCUUCGACGAGAGCGGCCUGUACUACGUGCCCCAGGUGAGCGGCCACGCCCAGUUCUUGGACUACGUCAAGUCGCUGCCGAUGAUGGCCGGCCCGUCGGUCUUCGGCAUGGCCGAGAACGCCGACAUCGUCAAGGACCAGCAGGACAGCGACCUCAUGCUCGCCUCCAUACUGCUUACCCAGGACGCCGAGGCGUCGGAAUCCGACGAGACCAAGUCCUCGGACGAGGUGGUCUACGCGAUAUCGGGCGACAUCCUGUCGAAGCUGCCGCAGGACUUCGACCUGGUCACGGCCCUGGAGAAGUAUCCCACCUCGUACGAGCAGAGCAUGAACACGGUACUGGUCCAGGAGAUGGGCAGAUUCAACAAGCUGCUGCAGACGAUCAGGCGCAGUUUGGUCAACGUGCAGAAAGCAAUCAAGGGUCUGGUCGUCAUGGACGCGGAGCUCGAGGAAGUGUACUCGUCGAUCAUCACGGGCCGAGUGCCGGCCCAAUGGCAUCGCGUCUCCUAUCCGUCGCUCAAGCCGCUCGGCAGCUACGUCCAGGACUUUCUGCGACGGCUCAACUUUUUGCAGACGUGGUUCAAGGACGGCCCGCCCACGGCCUUCUGGCUCUCGGGCUUCUUCUUCACCCAAGCCUUCCUCACGGGCGCCCGUCAGAAUUACGCGCGCAAGCACUCGAUACCCAUCGAUCUGCUCGUCUACGACUUCGUGCCGCUGAAGGAGUCGCGGCACAAGUCGCCGCCCGACGACGGCGUCUACGUCUACGGCCUGUAUCUGGACGGGGCGCGCUUCAACAUGGACACGAUGCAGCUGGACGAGUCGUUCCCGAAAGUCCUCUACGCCGACAUGCCCCACCUGUGGCUGGUGCCGAUAAAGAAGGACGACGUGCAGAUACGCGACUCGUACACCUGUCCGGUGUACAAGACGAGCGAGCGCCGUGGCACCCUGUCGACGACGGGCCACUCGACCAACUUCGUCAUCGCCAUGCAGCUGCCGACGGACAAGCCGCCCGAGCACUGGAUACAGCGCGGCGUCGCCAUGCUCUGUCAACUAUCACAGUAGUAGCAGUAGUAGUAGGAGAGAUUAUUAUCGAUGUACAAGUGUCAACGCGCAGCUAUAUGUACAUGCGCGGGUGUACGGAGAAACAGAAGAGACGCAAUCAUCGCCGUAAUAUCAUUUUUAAUUUAUCGUUUGUUUAUUUUUAUUUAUACGGUGGUGCAGUGUUAAUUUUUAAGCAUUUACGUUUUAACGAUUAGUUUUUUAAAGUGAAUCGAUGUAAUUUUAAGGUGAAAUUUUUUUACUCUCUUCUUUUUAUACGAGUCGAAACCAUUAAAGCGAACGAACGUUAAUUUUCUUCCCUCUCUCUGUCUGUACGGU